CCAAAAUGGCUUCUGCAAUUUUUCAGAUAAAUUCUACAAUGACAAAUGCUCUUCCUGACGAAGAAUGGCUCGUUUUAAGAGCAAGACAAAGUCUCAAAACUGAUCCUUAUGCUGCCAAGGCUUGGUUAAUCACCGCUCGGACGUUGUAUCCUCUGAACUUUUCCAUACAGUUUGAAACAUACUGUGUUGAAAAAUCAGAAAGAAACUUGAAAGAGUCUGCCAAAUUGCUGCAGGAAAUGUUCACCAACUUCCCAAAUGAGCCACAGCUAUGGUCGGAGAUCCGAAGCAUCACAGAAUCACUACAGACUGAUGUCGUUGACAGUAAUACACAGUUCCUGAUUGAUUUGAUCUCUGCUGUACCAACAGACAUCCAAUGUCGCAUGCUCUUCAAAAUGGCUGACAGCACACAUGAUAUCUUGGAGCGGUGUCGACUGAAGUUGUUGGCCUUGAGUCGUUUCCCGCAUCUGAUUCAGGACCAUGGCACUGAGCUGAUCGAUACACUCAUCACAACUGAGAAACAUUCACACCAGAUGUCACCACUGAACUGCUAUCGAAAAUAUCUAGUGACUGAUGUAUUGCCUCAGGUGUUGCGAGCGCCAAGCCUUGCUGUUCAUCCAAACAUCCUCAUCAAAUGGUUACAGAAAUCCCUCGAGUUCUACAUCUCAUAUGUCACCCAGCCUCCAGUGCAAGAAACCAACCAGCACUCAGAAAUGCUGUCACCUAAUAAGCCUUACCUGCGUCGAGCAUCAAUCAUCGGUCUCUCAGACAAAGAGAGUUACAUCCUUCACCCAUGGCAGAACCUGUAUGAAAUCGUCAGCCUGGCUGGCCGACAUCUCAAGUGGGAAGACUCCAGCAAGUUCACCAAAUCUGGACAAAGUCCGGAGAAUCGAUGGCAACACAUCCUCCACCUUCAUCAGGAGAGCAAGAAACAACAACAGCAACCGUCGUCACAACUUUUUUACUCCACGGUGGUUCUUUUUAUGGAGACGAUGUAUCUGUUUUCAAGCAAAAUAGACUCGGAGCAGUUCACAUCCACGGCCAGUGGUUGUCAUAGCAACCAUCUUGUACUUAUUGAAGCAAUGAAGGCAAACGACCCUGAAGAACCCAGGCCAAAAAAGCUCCGAACGGAGCAUUCAAGUGUUCCAAAGAUCCAUGUGAACAGAUCGAUUAAUGUCGGAAGUGAGAUCACGCAGAGCUUCGUCACGGCUUUCAAAUGUUGGGAAUUGUUGCACUCUGCAAAACCUUUACUAGAAGAAUUGAAUCAGUUGCUGGUAUUGUGGCGAGCAGAAUCGUGGCCGUGGCUGAAUUCAUUUGAGGCCGACUGUCUGAUCUAUCAGGGUAAUUUCAAAGACGCCAUAACAAAAAUUCGCUCAACGGGCAGUAACACAUAUAAGGGACCAGCGGAAACUCGCAAGAACCUCCAACUGGCAAGCUGUCAUUUUUGUUUGGGAAAAUUAUCGGAAGCAUGUAGCACUGCCCUCGAUGUCAUGUCAUCCUUGACGGCAUGGAAGUCACAAGAUAGCGCCUCCCCACCAAUGCCAUCUAUCCAUGGAUCAGGGCGGCAGCUCCAGUUAUUGGCCUGUACUGAUGUGGAGAUAAUGCCCUAUUGUAUUGAAAUGCUACUGAUAUGUUUUAAGGAGCGAGCCUUACGACCAAAAGUCAAAGAUGAUCUGUGUCUUGGUCACAUGAUAGUAUUGCUGCAAUAUCACUGGCCAAAACAUGAACACCUGUUCACCCAAGCAGUAGAGAAAAUACGUCAGCAGGGGGCGUUUACGUACAGUGCCUUCUUCAACUAUAUCAUCACUAUUGACAUCCUGGAGGAGUUUUCCUACCUGAAGACAAAAGAUGGUGGUAAGAUUGUGUUGGACGUCCUCUCGACAAGCACUAAGUUGAUUGCACAACAGCGAACAGUAACGCGUGGGGUAAACAAGGGGGUCAAGGAGGACUUCCAAUUGUCAAUGCAGAAGCAGGUCAGUCGAUCGGAGGAAAACAUUGAAGCGCUCAUUUGCCAGUUUCUGAUGGAGGAGAGGGAGUUCUUGCAGCAGAAUCUGCAGUGAUGGGAUGACUGAUGAUGAAACAAUUGGAUGGUCAUGACUUCACGAUCAGUCGAGACUGAAGAGGGAAAAUAGUCAGCCGUCUCAGUAUGACCAACAAUAUUGACUUAAACUUCUGAUAGACAUUUCCUUUAAUGGAAUCCUCAGUAGCAAGGGCUAUUCUAGUGCUACAGAAUUUGACAUUUGAUGAGUUCAGGUGAAAAAGCCGCUAAAUGCCAUUGCAGAAAUUCUGUCAUUGUGGAAAAUAAACUGAGCACUUAUGUGCGCUAUUUUAUAAUAAAUCCACUUGAUUUUCUUUUCACAGUGUUCUAUUCAAAUUGUGGUUUGUACUGAAUUCUCUGAGACUUCAUAAAUCAUUCAAGCAAUCACAUGAACCAGUAGACCAGGCCCAGGUAAUUCCCUUUAAAUGGGCAGGGGACGAAUUAAACCCAUCCUGGCAUUUUUU